CGGUGCUGUUGCUUCGGACGGCCCGGCUAUUGUUCCGGCUGCUUCGGACAACUGCUGGAGCUGGUGCAGAAACUCAGGCAGAUAUGAUAGAACACUAUUGAAACCUGCGAAGAGCUCAACAAAAUAUCUACAAGAGAUCCCGGCUGAGUGAGAAAUCAACGAGGGUUCUAUUUAUUCAAAAAUCCCUGGUUUUUUGUCGUUGCCAGCUAAUCUGGGUGACACCCCGCGGCUGAGGACCCUCUUUUUCACCUCCGCUGUCAUUAUACGACUUCCACAAUGUUGCCAUUGGGUCUACUCACGGCCGCGCAGGGCCACCCGAUGCUCGUCGAGCUUAAGAAUGGCGAAACCUUGAACGGACACCUUGUCAGUUGCGACAACUGGAUGAACUUAAUAUUAAAGGAAGUCGUACAAACGAGCCCCGAAGGCGAUCGUUUCUUCAAGUUACCGGAGGUCUACAUCAGAGGCAACAAUAUCAAAUACCUUAGAGUCCCCGAAGAGAUCAUCGACAUUGUGAAAGACCAACAGCAAACCCAGGCAUCAAACCGCGGUCGUGGUGGCCCGUCACAUCGGGAUGGUGGUCGAGAGAGAGGACGUGGUGGAGGUCGCGGAGGUCGUGGUCGUGGCAGGGGCAGGGGAGGCAAUUAAGCCAUCUUACGAAUCAGAAUAAUGGCAAGAAAUGAAAGAUACCCUGGUGUGGUUUUUGUGGGGUUAAUGCGCUGGAAGGG